GUAGGCCGUGGAGGUUGUUUGUUUUGGAAGGGUGUUGGUUGUUAUAUCGGCUGCGCUUCGACAUUUAUAUCACAUAAUGCAGUUAAACUUCUCGGUUAAAGAAGUUGCUGGUAUUUGAUGUGUACAACCGUCAAGUCUGUUUUCUUAACAAAUGUUUUCGUGUGAUCUGAAACAUCCUGAACCUAAAGAAUGGUACAGUGAGGGACGUAUUUCAUCCUAAUUUCGAAAAUAGAGAAUUUUGUUCACAAAUGAAAAGAAAACGGCGGUUAUAUUUUAAUGUGAGUGGGCGGUGGAUAACACUUGUGUAUGGAUGAUGCUCUUCACUGCCGUGUGACUGUGUUUUAGAAUAAUCUGCAGUUUCUUGUGGAACCAUCAGCCGUUUUCUUCUCUACAUUUUGCAACUGUGCACCUUGGUACACGCCCCUAUUGUUGAGUUGUAGGUUAAAAUAUUCCAGAAAUUGAUAAUCAUCCAAAGAAUUUGAGAGCAUAGUUUUCGUUAAAGAAUUUCAAAAUAACCUUAACCGAUUUUUACGUCCAUCAAUCGUAAAAAAAGCACACACAGUGACGUUAUAAUUUGGUAGCGCUCCAAACGGAAAAAAAAAGUAGGACGUACCAUUGUUGGCAUAAGUUCAACUGUUUUAAACUACCAAUAAGCGUUAUUUGUUGGCACUUGGCCAGUCACAAAAACUGCCAUAAGUAAAUGUGUGGCCCCGAUCCAAUAUUAGAAACACAAGUGCAUUGUUAUUAUAACUUUAGUAUGUUUAGCAUUCAGCCCGUUAAGACAAACCAGGAUAAUGCGGAUCUUAAUUUGUCGAGUGACGUUUGAACCCAAUUAAAUAAGGAAUUUCCGAGAACGUUUGUCAUUACUGUUCAAUAAAAGUCAGUUCCACAUAUAAAAGUGAAUUCUACCUGUGGUCGUAAUGUUUUGUAGUAAAAUGAGUGGAAAGGAAAAGUAAUUGUUCUUUAUAUUUACUUCCAAAAUGCUUUUCUGCAAUGCUGCUUGUGUUGUCUGUGCAAUUCUACAUCUUGGAACUGGUUUCCAGCCUAAUAAUUCACAUUCGGUCAGCGACCAGCAGCAGCGAGACGUCAGUAACCGAGGAGGUUAGCCAGACUGUGAACUGCGUUUCAGAUGUACGUGGCACGUUCAGUUUUCUGUUGACAACGAGCUUUCACCGGUUCGUCACGCGGCCAAUCGGGUUUAGGAGGUUGGUAGUUGGUGCAAGAAUUACAGUCAUCUUACCGCCAACCGAGAGCCGUACUCCUUUUGUGAACACAGAUCCUGCUGAUAGCAGGAUACAUAAAACUGUUAGUAACAACACGACAAGACACAACCAGCUAUGGUGUAUCAGCAACUAUGGACAACAUAAUCGCAGUGUCGGAAAUAGUGGCAAUUCGAACAUACUUGAACAGUGUCACAACAUAGAAAAUUGUUGUCGGUUGUUUAUUUGUUACCAGAAAGAAAUACCAGUUGUGAUAGUUUUGUGACAGUGCGCACGGCGGUACUCCAAGAAAGUUGUCGGAAUACAUCAGCCAGUGUGAAUGUCAUUGCCUGUACUCCAUUCUGAAAACAAAACACGUUUCAGGAGGCAGUUUAAUAUGAUGUGGAGAUAGUUACGAGGAUGGAGAAUAUCUGGACCAUCACCCUGGCAACUACGAGGACGUCUGCCACCAUCAACAUGAUAUGGAAGAACAGGACGUCUUUAUACCGAGCAGUUGUGGGGCAAAUAAGACAACAGCAGCACAAAACAACGCGGACCGUUGUUGGACCAAGCAGAGGCGUGCCGAGGUUAGCGGAGAAAGACGACACCAAUUGUGGAAGAGAAAAGCUAGAAAUGGAUGUUGUCAGAAUUCGACCCUUAAUGAAGAUACUAAGAUGCUGGCGCUGCCGGGGCCGAGGGUCAUGGACCGGCUGAGCCAUGAGAUGGCGGCGAGGAGGGACCGCCAAGUGAGGCUUCACUCUGUACAGACAGAUCUGGAGUUGGACUUGCCGCCCAACAUUGCACUUCCUGAUGGUGAGGAAGUUCCAUAUGGCAGUUCCAUGCGUCUGCAGAUACGUGAUAAUGAACAGGAGAGCGAAAUCUACCAGAAGUGCAUCCGGCCACCACCAAACCGCACAGUAUUUGACGGUGAGUCCCCACCGCCAUACCGGACAAGUUCAGCAGGUGUACUUGGUAGUGGGGAUCCUGGAGACUGGUCGAGUGGGGGCUGUAGCACAACACGUGUUGUACGAUGUCACAGUGUGUCAAGUGGUUCUUCAGCUUCACGGAGCACACACGCCCCUUCUGUCAUUGUACCUACAGGCUCCCGCCGUCUGUCCUCUUUCUCAGACUCGAGUGGGGGAGGCGGUGGUGGUGCCCUUGCAAAUCUCACCAUGGUCCCAUGUAAUGCAGAACCAAGCCGGCUAGCAAAACCACCUCCACCCCAGCAUGGGGCUGUCUGACCACCGUGUGGCCACAACUGGCCGCCCCCACCCCCAGGGGCUGUCUGAUUAUGUGGCCCAGUUAUUUCAGAGAACGAAAACAAAUACAGUGAUGGUGACUUAAGUCUUUCAGCUGUUGAUUUUUAAUUCUGAUCCCUGGAUCAUCAUAAAAGCAAAUGAGUAUUUCUGCUCCAAAAACUGCAGUUUUUAUGUUUUAUUGUGGUUGAACUGUCAGCUGCUGGAGCUGAUCAUAAAUUCGGCAUUAUCAGAACAUUACUCUUGCUGUCUGAGUUGAGAACACAGUGCAACCGAAAUGAAUCAACAGUGUACAAAACUCCCAUCAAAAUAGUUUAAAUUAUUUUUUUGAAAGGGGGGGGGGAACAAGAAUUGUUAGUAUUGUUCCAUUGUGUGCACAUCUCAUACAGUGUCCAUGCAUAAUUGCCUUCAUGACACAGAUCAAUACCAUGCAGUAUUUUUCGCCAUUUGCAGAAAUCUUAUUUUCUCCUGCAAUGAUAGCCUUUCACAUCCCUAGCACGAUAAUGAAUUUGCUGCUAUCCGGGUAUAGUUGUACAAAAUUAUAAUCCUACAGUGAACUGAACUUACACAGUAGUUUCUUAGAGAUGAGGACAGCACACACACACACACACACACACACAUGUAUAUAUACACACACACACUUCAGGAUGUUAUGUGAUUAGAAUAAAGUUUUUUCUGUGAUUCUUGGUCUCAAGAAAAGGUUAACUUCGAGUCAGGUAGGAACUUGAAUGUCAGAAACGAAUAUGUCUGUGGCACUGCAGUAAUGGAACAAUAUACAAGUAUACACUGUUUACACUCAGUUCCAAGUAACAUUGUCCAGCGUUAGCUAAAAACGCAAGCGUAUGAAUCGUGUGAUAUAAGUUAACCCAGUUUCUUCAGCCAAUAUAAAAAUGCUUGUGGUUUUAUAAUUUAAUGUGGACAUCUCUUCAAAGAAGAGCAGUGAGUGGAAUGUACAAUGUAUAUCAGUAAUUAGGGCGGUGCUUCUCAACCAGGGGUCCAAGGGACACUGCCAUUCUGUAAUGUUCAUAUUGCAGGUACCUGAAAUUGGUGGUAAUUGUGUGUUGUGUCUAGUAUGAAGUUCAAGUGACCAUGGCCUCAGGCCUACUGAUGCAGCUGCACUCUGAAACACGUGCCGAUCACCAAGGGGCACAAUGCAGACCAUGUCAUACUGGGGGUAAAAUAAAUUAAAUAACUUCUGUUUACUUCCUUCAGUGUGGUAUAUAAUGAACUGAAGAGUCACAUUAUUAUUAUUAUUAUUAUUAUUAUUAUUAUUAUUAUUAUUAUUAUAGUAUAGAAUUAAAUUCCUGAACUAUAUAUAUAUAUAAAUUACUUCAGGGAAAGUGCCCGAACUAAAAAAGCCUGGUUUCCAAUAGGUUUUAUAACCUCAACGUUUCCUUUUGAGGCUUUCCCUCAUUCUGUCUGUUAUGAGACCCCCCCCCAAGUGCUCUCAUCUUUAGAGCCAGAAUCAGUCCCAACUCCCACUCCAAAGGAAACAUACACACACAUGAAAUACGGGUGAAUCCAUGAGUCUUUCGAUAGGAAACCAGUCUAAAAUUAAUGAAGACCUAACACCUUCUGCAGGGUGUCUUUGUAAUUGCCCAGGUGACUAAGGAUUUCGUGCUGUAUUCCUGCAUCUCUUAUUAGGCAGUGCCUGGUGAUCUCUGUUCUGUUUAUAGAGUCUUGCUAGUUCCUUUAUUUAAUAAUAAAACAUGGAAGGAAAUUUAAAUUUGUCAGGUGAAAGAUGUAAAUAUGAACUCUGCUUUGGCAAAAGUGCCUAAUUCUUAAUGUGUCGGUUUAUUUCUGAGAGAGACCUUCAAGCUGCUAAGCUAACAUUCCUGUCAGUUCUCUGUUAAAUGUAAUACUGAAGAUUCAGAUAAUGUUUGAAUUUCUGUGAAACAUUUCAUGCACUUAAAGAACAUGGGAAAAGCUGUGUGACUGAAAUAUUAGGUCUUGAAUGUACUUCGAUGUAACUAUGCCUUUUUUUUUUAUUGCUAGUGGUGUGGGACUGAGUCGCUUGUACUGCGGCCACUUCUGGGCUAUUGUACCAUAACUAUGCCUUACUCACAGUACAGAUAAAUUAACUUCAGCUUCUGGUCUUUCUAGAAAUCUUUACAAAUUUGAAGUCACUGGGCCAAAUUAGUCUUAAUUUAAGUAUUUGUAUAUAAAUAUGAUUUUAAAUAUGUUUUGUAAUUUUAAUUUUAUUUAUGUUGGUUAAAGAUAUCAAGAGUUCAAUGCAAGUUUUUAAUUCUUAUAAGAUACUGUAGCAGCAUAAUUAAAUAUCAAUAAAUAUGAUAUAAAUAUCAAUAAAUCAGUAAAUACCAUCAGAUUACAACAUAAAAUGAUAUUGUUUUUGCUCAAUACCCUGAUAUGUUUUUACUCUCAGAGAGCCAUCAUUAGGGAUGUUCUGUUAAGCAGUAGUUUUAGUACAGUUCUACUCAAGGUUUCUGCAAGAGUUAUCAUUCACCCUAAAAACUUAACAAAUAAGAACAGGUUCAGUACAAUGUAGUAAUACUGUCACAUGUUAAGUGACGAUGGAUGGGUUUUGGAUUAGUAGCUGGAUUUAUUGGACACUUCUACAGCUUGUGACUACACUUAGCAGAUCACUGUCACACACAGUCACGUUGCUUGUUAGCAGCUUCCAACGACAGAUUUUCCUGUGCUUCCAGGCUCACGUCCUUGCAUGCUGGCAAGCAUCUCAAGCCAGCCUCAUACUCUGACCACUGGCUUCAGACGGACCGCAUAGAAAACACCUCUUCCAACAGUUCCUCCAUUGUUGCCUGCAUAUGUUGCUUAUCGAUGGCUCUGGUAUUUUUGCAUGUUUAUACAGCCACCGUCUAGCAAUGGCUCUAUCUCUGGCAUUACAAUUCUUAUAUUUGGCAUGUGCAAUUCAUACAUCAUAAUCUUCUUUAAAUUGUUAUGUAUAUUAUGUACAGUCCAUAACAAUUUGUAUAAAAAUAUUGAAUUGCCUAAGAUGUCAGUCCCAUAUUUACCCAUAAAUAGAAUGGCUUCUUCCCUUGUAUUGUGUAAGGUUGUUAAGAAUGUGUUAGGAUCCUACCUUCAGCCUGGUUAGUAUUAAACAGUCUGAUAUUAACAGACUAGUACUAAACUGUUUGAGAGGCAGGAUAGCACAACUGGUAUAGUGACUGGCUACAGGCCAGAUGACUAAGGGGAUGGAGUUCGAGUCCUGGUGGGGGCAAGAAUUUUCAAUUCUUCAUGUUGUCAUGGAGCCCACCCAGCCUCCUGUCCAGUGACUACCAGGGGAUCUUUCCCUUGGGUGUGAAGCUGACCACUCACCUCCAACUAGUGCUGAGGUCAAGAACACAUGGGCCUAUACAUCCACUCCUCUGUACGUCUUCAUGGCAUAGUGCUUAAUUAGUUAAGGCCAGGGAUAACAAUUUUACUAAACUGCUUAAUACUCUGGUAGGAUCCUAAUAACCUCAUUCACAAGAGGCAAAAGCCAUCCUAUUUGUGGGUCAUAAAGGGAAUACCAUCUUAGGCAACACAGUAAUAGACAAACAGCAAAAUAUAUUUAUACAAAUAAUUAUGGAUUGCUCACAAGAACUGAAAGACUUAUAAAGUAUAAAUUGCACAUGUCAAAUAUAAGAAUUUAGUGCCUGUAAUAAAAGUUAUGCAGUCAGUAUAACAUAUCAGUAUGGUGUACAAUACAUGUUUCUGUUAAGUUUUGAGAAUGAAUGAACAAUCUUCAGUGAUUGUAAUAGAAGUACUAGUUAACAGAACACCCCUGAUUACAACUGUCUGAGAGUAGAAACAUUUUGGGAUAUUGGGUAAAUAAAUAUUAUUUUAUGCUGUAAUUUGAUGAUGUUUAUUAAAAUUACAUUAAAUUAUAAUACAGCGAUACACAAACAAGUGUGAAUAUACCAAUAAAUCUGUUUCAUGCAGCUGAAAAUAUAUGAUUUUAUUCCAUAAUGGUGGUUAUAGGAUACAGCAGUUACCGCUAUAUGUAGUACUACUACAUUUUCAUUUACUUUAUAAUGUCAUUGUUAGGCUUUUGUAGCCUGCAAGUGGUAUGUAACUUCAGCUUACAGGAUUUAGCUGUGUUGUAUGGUGAAACUGUCUUCCAUGUACAUUGCAGUCACCAUCUUUAGGGCGAAUCAGGGAAUAAAAGGAUGUAACAAAAUUUGUAGGUAUGGAAGAGGGAGCAAGAGUUGGGGUAGGGCUGUACCAUACUCGUAGCUCAGGCAGUUAGUCACUGGCUUCCCAGUAUGGUGGAUUCCAGGUCAGUUAUGAUUUGUGGUGGGCAAACCAAAAUUGCACUGGCACAGGUUUUGUCAAAGCACCUCAGUUUCCCCUAUCAAUUAUCAUUUUGUUGAAUGAUCCAUACUCAUCUAUCAUCUGAGGCUGGUACACUAGGCCCACUAGUGGCUGGAAUACCAAAUGGACUUGGUCUCAUUCCAAGUUAUGAAUAAAAGAAAGAAAGUGGCAUGUAGCAUGAUGCACCAAAAAUUUGUCACUAGAAGGAUGUGACUGGUCAGAUGAUGUAUGUGUAAGCCACUUAAGCAGUGCUGGAACAGUGACCUACUGAAUGGGGGCCAGAGUUUGUUUGAGUAUGGUCACAAAGAGAAAAAUUAGUAUCCCUGCUGGGAAUCAUACCCUAGUCAUCUAGCUUACUGAGCUGUAUUGACUAAUCUAUUGCUGUAAUAUGUGCAUAAAAUUCAUAGAAGUUGGGAGAUAGGCUCAUGAUGGAGCCCACUGAACUGUGUGGUUUUCUUGCAUCUCAAACAAAAUGUCUAGGGCUACAAUUCAGAAUUGGAGAGUUGCUUUGUAAGGAAAUCAUGCCCUUCAAUCUUGACAAUUGUGCCACAUUGGGCUUCAGGCUCUGUUUAAAAAACUAUUGUUCAUUCGUGACAAGGAUCAAUGUCAUUUAACUAAAAAAAUAAGCAUUACUAACAUAAGACUGAAUAUGCCUGAUACAAACGAAAUUGAGAUCCAUAUAUAUAACUGUCACCGUUUCAGUAAUAUUCUUGUAGUGCCAUAGACUUCUUCAGAGACGGGUCUGCAGUACAACAGAUUGUAAGACCCAGGAGUUCUCCUGAGAAAAUCAUAAUACUUAAGUUUGUAAAUGGACUUCUGAUGAAAAAGAUGGAUAACUUUCAGUUGUCUGGAACAAAUUUCUAAGUUGUUGUGAUAUUACAUUACACCCUGUUAUGUCCUUUUUCUGUCUUAUUGAAGUUUACAAGAUUAUAUUUCUCUUGAAAGAAAAACUGUUUAUCUAAUAAAUUAAAUGGAAGGA